UCCUUAUUUAAGAAGAUUGCAGCCAUUCACGUACGAAUUCAAAUCUAGGGUUCCUUCCCGUCUAAACGACUACUUCAGUCCUCAGAGGCAAGGGUUUUUCGAAUUUUCUCUUUCGACGUCAGAUCCUCAUUCCUCAGAAUAUUCAUCUGUUAGCGUUCCCCUUCAGCAAUUGCCGACAGAAAGAAAAAAGAAACAGUAAUUUCCCAUAAAAUAUCCCUAAACUGUUCUCAUGCGUUUGGGCUCUGUGAUUUUCUGAAACCAUGGCGUCUGGUAGUUACUUUGAAGCACCUCAGGCGACUGUGAAAUUUCUCUGCGAUCGAUUGCUUGACAAAAGCCAGCCCAUCUCCGAACGUUUUAGGGCACUCUUUUCCCUUCGGAACCUCCAAGGCCCUGCCCCUCGUGAUGCCCUUAUUCUUGCCACAAGAGAUGAAUCAAAUUUACUGGCACACGAGGCAGCAUUUGCAUUGGGUCAAAUGCAAGAUGCAGAGGCAGUUCCUGCUCUGGAGAAGAUCCUAGAGGAUUAUUCUCUCCAUCCCAUAGUACGCCAUGAGGCAGCUGAAGCUCUUGGAGCUAUUGGGUUGGAGAGUAACAUUCCUACACUGAAGAGAAGUUUGCUUGAGGAUCCUGCACAGGAGGUGCGAGAAACAUGUGAGCUAGCUCUUAGACGUAUUGAUGAACAGAAAUGUGUCAAUAACAUUGAUGAAAUCUCUACAGAAAUGAAGUCACCUUUUCUAUCAGUUGAUCCUGCGGCACCUGCUUCAUUUAGCUCAUCUAUUGAUCAAUUAAGGGAAGUUCUUCUGAAUGAAAGAAACGGCAUGUAUGAGCGCUAUGGAGCAUUGUUUGCACUCCGUAAUCUUGGAGUAGAUAGGGCAGUCGAUGCUAUUAUUGCAUCCUUAAUUGCUGGAAGUGCUCUCUUGCGGCAUGAGGUUGCAUAUGUAUUGGGUCAACUACAAGAUAAAGCUGCUUCUGCCGCACUCUCAGACAUACUUAGGAAUUCUUGUGAGCACCCAAUGGUUAGACAUGAAGCUGCUGAAGCUCUGGGUUCCAUUGCAGACCAUGACAGCAUCUCACUUCUUGAGGAAUUUAAAGCAGACUCUGAACCUAUUGUUUCUCAAAGUUGUGAAGUUGCGCUAAGUAUGCUCGAGUAUGAACAGUCUGGCAAGUCCUUUGAGUAUUUCUUCAUGGAAGCGCCAGAAGUUCAUCAGAUCAUAAAUGAAGCUUGAAGUCUCCUAAUAAGUUAGCCUUAUCACAAAUUAACAUUUUAAGUUAAUAGACUGUUGCUCAAUUGGAAGCUAUUGAUUUCCCUUUAGGCUUCUAAAUUAAGCCCAAGUCUGCACUUUGGAAUGAGUGUGAGAAAAUCAGGUUUCUGUAAUAGGUCGAAAGUUUUAGGAACUGUACAACUCAUUGUUUCUGCAAUCUAUAUGAUUUAGUUUGAAUGUCC